UCAUAUUGGAGUUGAACUUCUAAAUCUCUCUCAAGAGACGGCUCAAUAUGCCGCUCCCGGUUACUCUCCUCUCAAUACUGACUUGAGCUUCGGAGCAGGUCCCCGCCGACCACCGGCUGGCGGGUCCUUUUGUUUUGCAUGUGUCCAUCUCGGAGGCUGGUGGUGGCGGACGCUGGCCAGGAAGAUAGGCGCUCACCGGACCUCAAACACAUUGAAGCAGGCUCCUCCAAGCUUGGCAUCAACAAAAUUAAUGUAAAAUUUGAAUAAUUUUUGUGCUAAUUCAUGGGGUUUCUUUGUUCAUUGUAUCAUAAGUGAUUAUUAACAUUGUUUUGACAUGAAUCGCUUGCUCAGAAUGAUAAUUAUAAAGCGAGUGCAUUGAAUGCACCAAAAAAAGUGAUUGCACCGAAGAGGUAACUAUAUAUAUAUGUGUGUGUAGUAGUAGUAGACUCAAAAUUAUCCAGAUACUUCGUCAGACCUAUCUUAUCUUGCUUAAUACUCAUAUUAAAGGGGCUACUUGCCUAUUCCCCACCCCCAGGAUAGAGAUCCCGCUUUUACCCCCAUAACGUCAGACAACCAUUGGGGUUGUCUUUCGUUCGAUAUGUUAGAUAUAAAGAGGCAAAUCCUGAGAUCCUGCUAUUUAUUUCAUAUCCUCUCCAGCCUCCCACUUUAUGGAGAAGAAAAGGGUAGUGAUGACAGGAUCAUAGCUCGAUAUGGUUUUAUUUUAUUCAUCGUAUCGGAUGUUAUGUUCUUUUUUGCUUUUUUAGGCUUCUUUUCAUUCUUCUUUGACACAUAUGGUUGUGUUCAGCGACAUUUCACCCCCAAAAGGGAUUGAGAUUUUAGGUCCUUUGGAAACCCAAUACACAUUCACACUCCCUAAGUUUGGACGAAAUCUCGACCAAUGUUGUAAAGAUUAGGAAUUUUAGUGAGAAAUUCUUAGUAAAGAUACUUCAUUAUUGGAUCAAUUUAUUCAUCCAUAUUGAAACAUGACACACACCGUAGCCCUCAUGAUGAUUAAAUUAUCUACUCUUGACUCAUUUCCUUUUUGAAUGUUAGUUUUUUUUAUCAAGCCACUUAAAUUUAGUAUAUUAUACAAUAUGUAUCAAUUGUUAAUUCUUGAAGUUUAGACUGAAGCUUAACCCCUGGUCAUUGUUUAUAUGUUGGCUUAGAAUUCAAUCUAAGACACUCACAUACACUAUCGAGGAUUUUGGUCUUAAUAUGGUCGUUGAAUGUGUAAUUUUCAAAGAUUUUAUCAGCUACAUAUUAAUAAUUGAUAAAGAGUGUAUACAUUACACACACAUUUCAAGUGCAUUUAAAAUGUCUUAUUAUUUGAACAAUAUCAGUGGAUUUCAUUUGAUUAUUUGCAUUAACUUAUUAUCUUAUACAACAUAUAUCAAUUCGUGAUUCUCGAGUUUGGACGAACUGGCAACCAAUUUUGAGAGUUGAGAUUAUUGGAUAAAGAUACUUGAUUGUUGGAUAAAUAUGCAUAUCCCAAUUGACUAUCAUACUAAAAAUUGUCAACCUUUAUUUGGAAAAUGCCUAGGUUAGUAGUUGUUGAAACGUAAUGUUUAUCGUAGAUCUCAUUAAAGAUUAUUCUAACCUUCACAUCUGUAAUUUUUCAAGGAAUCUUGUCUCUCAUCCUAGGGUAUGAAGUUGAAGUUCAUUAACAAUCAUACUUAAGUCGUUUUGAAAUUUUUGAUUUAUAAUUGUGGACGAUAACUCCAAGUCUGAAAGAAAAUUUCUUAGCAUACGACUUAGGAUCUCAAUAGAGCUUGAUCAAUCAACAUGAUAUAGAGCAACUAUUAUUAAUGUGAACUUAUGACACAAUAUAAAAUUAUUGCACAUGCGAUUCCUCUUAAUUUGAGGAGUUUAAGGUAGAACAUGAUCUGAAUGAAUAAGAAGUCUUUUUUAAAUAAAUAAUUGUAACUACUCGAUCAAAAUUAUACUCUGACAUUUUGCUAAAUAAUACUUGUUAUAUUUUAUAAACAUAUACUUUACGAAUAAGAGAGUGUUUCAUUGCAACAAAAUAUAACGUAAUAUAGUUUAUUUUUCAAAGGUAAUUGAAUGUCAAAUAUUUAUUAUCUCUCUUUUCAUAUAUAUUUUGUUUAAUCGAUAAAAUUAUCAUUUUUUAUGCGUAUGUUUGUUUAAUUUCUCAUCAGAAUGUAACUUAUCAUUCAAUUUUAGUAAAAAUGAGUAAAAAAUUUACUUUAUAAGUUUUUAUCAUAUAUUUUUUUUUUAAAAUGUGAUAUAUUUCACUCUCUGUUUUCGUAUUUACAUUUUGUUACUUGACAAAUACAUAUUAUUUAUGUGUGUUUAAUUAAGUUUAUCAACAAUGUAACUUAUUAUCAAAGCAAAACAAAGAAUAAAUGCUUAAAUGAAAAAGAAUAAUUGGAUAAAAGAAAUGAAAAUAUUAAAGAAGAGAGAGGUAGCUCCAUAAAUACAUUAAUAACUAAUUUUUUUGUUUGUAAAAAAAUUGUCCAACUUGGCAAAUUGUGGAUCUUCCAAGUGCGGGAUGGGAUUAGGUGCUAACCCUUAUAGAAGUUAGCACCGUGAUAACUAGCAAAAAACGCUACUAAAAAUAACGAAAUCACUACGGAUUAUUAUAAAAUCAAUACAACAUCUAAGCUAAAUCACUACUAAUUCAAACUAGUAGUAGUUUUUCCCUUGGUUAGGACGGUGCUAACUAUUGUACAAUUAGCACCGUAGCCGUUUCCCUCCAAGUGCUUACGUGGCAAGAGAUUACUUUUGAAUUGUCAUAAUAUAUAGUAUAGAUGUAUAUGAGAGAUAUGGAGUCGGACUACUCUCGAUUUAGUAGAUCAUUUUGAAAGCAAUGAACAAUGACGAAGACCUCUUAAAGGCAUUUCGAUUUUGCUAAAUUCAACUUUCGAUAUGAUAGUUGAGAGAAAUUUAAAUACACGCGGCUCUUUGAUAGUGAAUGAUGAGAGCUUUCGAUAUCAUGUCAAAAAAAUUAGUUAUGCUAAAUAACUCUAAUCUUAUGCUCUUUUACAGAGUAGGCCCACUUAAUUAUUAAUUUAAUUAAGUAGCUAAUCUAUACUCUCAAAACAACACACGAACUAAUCAUCAAAGUUAACUAUAUUGAAUGUUACUAAAUUUAGCUUACCGUCGCUCUCCUUGCCCCGAUAGGCCGUAGGCAAAGUAUUCUUCUUUCUUUCUCAUACGGUUUUAUACCUUCUCCAUCUAUCGAUACAAUUCGCAAUAAUAACCGAUCGGUUUCGGUCGUCAAUCAUGUCCCAAAGAUCAUCAUCAUCUGGGUUCCCUUCGCUGUCGUCGCCGCUGCUUCUUCGACUGGCCGUGUUUUCGUUAAGCCUUCUUCACCUUUCUCUCGCCGCCGCCGCCGAUGCUAGGUCCACUCCUACUGCCCGCGGCUUCGUCUCGCUCUCCCCUGAUCAAGGAGAUGAGUUGAAGUUACCGUGGCGGAUCGGUGGUGAAAUCCAGCUGUCGACCGUCGGCAGGAAGGGCGGCGGUGGUCGCGGAGGGGUUGGAGUAGGCGGCGGCGGCGGUGGUAAGGGAAGUGGGCAGCGCGACGAAGGUGGCGGUGGAGCGGGGGCUCGUGUCCGCCGUAAUGGUGCGGUGGUGAACUGCGAUCGACCAAGUGGCCAGCUGGUUGGCCUUGUAGUUUUAGUCACCGUUUUCACCUUACUUUUCUAAGAACCAUGUGAUACGGAUCUGCGCUUCAUUUUUUAUGUUUUGAUGGUGUUUUGGUAAUAAUGUUUUGGUUUUUUGGAAUUAAUGGGUUUUUUUUUUGAAAUUAUUGGUAGUUUUGGAAAAUUAGAUGAGAUAGGAUGGAGUAGGUUAAUGUGAUUUUGAGUUUCUUAUAUGAAGUCAUUUGUAAAAGGGAGAUCCUUGAGCAAAUAAACAACUUCAUAACAAUCUAUGUAUCUAAUUUGUACUAUUCUUUCAAAGUCUAUUUUUAAAUGUAUCUUAUGUGUUAUGACUUAUUUCUUCUUGUCGUCGUCAUAAUAGAAAAUUUAUGCGACAUAAUUCAUAAAUGUAAUUCUAUAAAGUCUGUGUCAUUAAGGUUUUAAUAUAAAUUAAGAGUUGGUUUGCUUCAUAGAUUUGAAAAAUGAAGGUUUUGGUUAAAACCUGGGUUUUAAAAAACCAUGGAUAUACGUUGGAAUUGCCUCAUUUGGUUUUUGGUACAAACCAUUAUUUGCUUGUUGGAUUUCAUGAUCGAUUUGGCAUUGUUAUACUUGUGGUUGUGUCACGAAUUUAUCUUAGUGCCCUUCUUGAGUAUUAUUUAUUUUUACAUUAUAAUUUUUACUACAAAACAAUUUCAUCCAAUAGCUUCGUUCCACUAACACUAUCGGGGGAAAAAUGAACAUCAUCAAUCAAUAACAACUUUAUAUUAUACACACAAUUAGACAAUUCCUUAAGGUUUUCAAUAUUGCAACGUAUGUCUUGAGAUUGAUCAUGUAGUGCUUGUGUGCAAUGAAUAAUAAUAAAUAUUUAAUGCAAAAUUAAUAUGCACUACAAGUUGGUCAUUAAUAAAUGAAAGAGGAUAAGUUGGUGAUUAGUGAAAUAAGUAGGGUUAAAAUUGUAAAAAGUAAUCAUGGACUUUGUACCCCCAACACAAAUCUCACCUCUUGGAGUGGAAUUCUCAAGUCCGUGGGGUCCACGGAUUUGAACUCUAAAACACUGUGGGUCCCAUGGAUUUGUCCAUGUUAAAUCCAUCACGCAAACGAGGGAUUGUAUACAAAGUCCAUAAUAAUUGAUUUUUAUGUACCAAAAUCCACGAUGAAAUCCAUUAAACAAACAAAACCUAAUUGAUCCGUCACUUUGAUCGAAACUUAUUUGGUUGAAAACUUGAAAUCACUCCUGGCUAAAUAUAUUUGCAAAGCAAAAUAAGAGUAGAGCAUGCAUGUGAUUGCCCUGAUUGGUGGGCGUGGAUGGGCGAGACUCGUGAGAGGAAAUGGACAGCUGGCACUGCCAGCAUCUCGACAAGGACUUGGGAAGAAAAAAAAAGUUAUCUUUCCCUAUGGAGAGUGGUUCACAAUAUCGUCUGCCAACAGAGAAGAACAUAAAACGAAGAAAAAAAAGAUGCAACCGCUGGAUGUCCCUUCUGCAAUUUUAGAGGAGACACAAAAUCACAUCAGAGAAGGUCAAUGGAUGAUUAGGGUAUUGGCGACCCUCUGCCUUCAAGAGAUGUUGUUUGAAUUGGAACCUAACGUAUCGUCGGGAAGUUAGCUAUGUGAGGUAAUGGAGAAGGUGGAUGAUGAAAUGACGGGACAGUUUGAAACGAUUUUAUGGUUCUUGUGGAAUGAACGUAAUAAUCACAU